AUGGAGUCACUCUCACCGUACGACUCGCAUCAUUGGGGCUGGCCACUUGGCCAUGAAGAGGAUGAUUGCAAUCUAUCGGCCAAUCCGGUGGCACCCUUUUAUGGUCUCGGUCACAUUGAUUUCCGCGACCUAGCGGCGGUAGCAUGCGAUAGUACCUACCAGAGCUUUGUCGACACACAUGGCGUGAUUGACGAGUUUCUCCCCAACUUCACUCCGCCAGGAACAGAUUGGACAGGACAGCAGCCUCCUUCACUGGAGGAGUUGGAGCUGUCCUGGCCCCCGGAUUACCCUGUUCCCCAGUUUCCCCCCUCACCUCCUCUGGCUAUCAUCGAUAACCACGGCAACGCUCAACUUAAUGGGUUAACAAAUUCAAUCACUUGCGAAUCCCACAUCCAGGAUUCAAGCCCAAAGGGCAAGUAUUCCAUGGUCAGACGACGCCCACGCCGACAAAAUCACUCCUGCGAUCCAUGUCGCUCAUCGAAAAAGGCCUGCGACUUGGCUCGGGGCAUUUCUGCCCGCAACCGCAAGGCUGUCGAUUCCUGUUCAGGCUGCAAAUUACGCGGCAUCGAUUGCACCGUGUCUUGGCUCGCAAGUAAGCAACUUGUGCGUCAAGCAAAUGGGAGUCCCGAUACAAAUUGUCCGGCCACUGAAACCAGCACAUGUGGCGUGAACCAUUCCGUGUAUGGGUCUCUGGGAUCCCUAUCAACUAUAGAGGCAGAUCUCUCAAGGAGACUAGUGGCUGACGGAACAUGUUCGCAAAAAUUCAACCUUUUUCUCGAUAUUUCGGACUCGUUUCUUUCACACUGCCUCCUUCAAGGAAGCAUGCCUCCACCGUACAAUUUCGGCGUGGCAGCUUAUGAUACGCUAAGCACAAGCACUCAGCUAUCCGCAUAUAUUGAGAAGACAGAGAGGUGGGUUGCUAGCUGCUGGCAGGAUCCUAUCUACCAGACGUCGCUGCCUCUAGCCCCUGGACCAAACAUAUUUCGCACUGUCAGUGCCCUCGACGCAAUAUUUGCCCCUACAUCUUUGUCAUCACGAGAUGCGUCCAUCACAGAGACCUACAAAUGGGUUGCUAUUGCAACAGCAGCUCAGUUAGCGAACUGUAAAGAAGGGGAGGAUGGCCUAUCAAAUGACACAGCAACUCGGUCGCGAAAUCGAGACAUUGCUUUGGCUACGUGGAGGAAGGCCAAGGAGAUGGUAUUCAAAAAUAUUGCAGCUACAGGGUCGUUCCGACUAGCGCUAUCGCUUAUGUUCUUUGGUGAUCUUACUCCUCCGCAUGGUGGCAGCACCGCUGAAGAAGAUAAGGAGGAUAGGGGCUUUGCCUUUUGUGAAGGAAUCAGGCGCUUAAAAACGCUCUGCUCUCGAGCACGCAACGACAUCAAAGCCCAGAAAGACCCUUGCUCAACGUCACGCUCGACUGCCGCCACUACUAGCAGAAGACAACAUCAUAUCCAGAAUCUGCCGCCUGAAGUAUCUCAAUUGAUUCUGGAGUUGACCGGGGCAGUCGAAUGGUUGGUUUCCUUAUACAAUGCUAUCGCAAUCUGCACGUCAUACGGGAGGAUUUGCGCAUUUCCCCCUGAAGCGGAGAAUGGUGAAACAAACGGUUCGCCUGGUUCUGAAUUUUCAGCGCCAGGAAGUAUCGUAGAGGAUGAUACCUUGCCGCUUUUGUCGGCUUCGCCAUAUCAGCGAGACAUUGAGGACUCGAUCCUGACGCGUGCGAGACAGAGCGGGUCGUCAUUCAUUGAGUUCUGCCAGAUCAAUUUCCAUAAAAAUGAUGCUGUACUUUUUGCUGGGAGGUUACCAGUGUCCCUUUCUAUUCUUAUUUGGAGAUCUUUGGCCAGCUUUACAAUCGAUGCCGAAGCAGUCAAAACGGAAGAAGAAAAGGCCAACUAUACCAGCAUUGCUCGACGGCUUAUCGCCAUGACUACUCUCAUCGAGAUCUGGGAGACUCAUUUCGGAACAAUGGACCAAACACCAAGACUUUAUCUUGAACAGUCACAUCGCGAAGUCUGGAAAAUGUCCGCAUUUUGCUCUAUGGACACUGAUCUUGCGAUACUGCUCUUCUACGAUAUCGCUAAAAGGCUUGAGACAAACCUCAUGCAACUACCAUCGACCACCGCGAAAGAACGACUAUACAAUUUACUUCAAUCGACAAGAGUAUGUCGCUCAAAGCAACGGCUAAGGAGUGCCAUGCAAAUAGCUAUUGUCUCCUCCACAUGUCAGGGGCCGGCCUCACCCAACGCUGAACCCCUCCGUCAGGGUGGUCCCCCAACAUAUGGACGAUAUAUGUGUGCGCACCCGUCACCUUGGAUGAUGAUUCAGGGACACACUCUUGCUUCACAAGCGUUUUCGGACGAAAUGAACAAUCCGACAACGCCACCCAGCACCAAACAGGCCUCUGAGAUGACAGCGGGCUUGAACAUAUGUCUUCGCGGACUAUUAGGUCUUCGAGACAACUUAUUCAUCGGCCCAGGCAUGGGCCAGGGCAAUGAUAGAAUCAUGAGCGAGCAUUGGAAGUAA